GCCGCGAGGCGCUCCCGGUGGCCCUGAGUCCUUCCUCCCUCCGCCCCGGGCUCAGUCUGGCCCGGCCCUCGGGGGGAGGAUGGGGCCGCGGCGGAACCCGGGCAGCAGCAGCAGGGCCCCGGCCUCACCAUGACCGGCGAGAAGAAGAAAAAGAAGCGGCUCAACCGCAGCGUCCUGCUGGCCAAGAAAAUCAUCAUCCGGGACGGAGCCAGCCGACAGGGUAUUGGAGAGCCCAGUGUAUACCAUGCGGUGGUGGUGAUUUUCCUGGAAUUUUUUGCCUGGGGGUUACUCACCACCCCCAUGUUAACGGUGUUACACCGGACUUUUCCUCAGCACACGUUCUUGAUGAAUGGCCUGAUCCAUGGGGUCAAGGGCCUGCUGUCCUUUCUAAGUGCCCCACUGAUUGGUGCUCUCUCUGAUGUCUGGGGCAGGAAAUCCUUCCUUCUCCUCACUGUGUUCUUCACGUGUGCACCAAUACCUCUCAUGAAGAUCAGCCCAUGGUGGUAUUUUGCUGUCAUUUCCAUGUCUGGAGUCUUUGCUGUCACCUUCUCUGUGAUUUUUGCCUAUGUUGCUGAUAUCACACAGGAACAUGAACGCAGUACAGCUUAUGGCUUGGUGUCAGCCACUUUUGCAGCCAGCCUGGUCACAAGUCCGGCAAUUGGUGCGUACCUGUCCCAAGCCUAUGGUGAUACACUGGUGGUAGUGCUGGCUUCAGGGGUUGCUCUACUGGAUAUUGGCUUCAUUCUGCUGGCUGUGCCAGAAUCUCUGCCGGAGGAGAUGCGCCCUGUGUCCUGGGGAGCUCCCAUCUCUUGGGAACAGGCAGAUCCUUUUGCUUCUCUCCGCAAAGUGGGCCAGGAUUCUACUGUGCUUCUCAUCUGCAUUACUGUCUUUCUUUCCUACCUUCCUGAAGCCGGCCAGUACUCCAGCUUCUUUUUGUACCUACGACAGGUCAUUGGAUUUUCCUCAGAGACUGUGGCAGCCUUUAUUGGUGUGGUUGGAAUCCUCUCCAUAUUGGCUCAGACAGUAGUGUUGGGGAUUCUUAUGCGUUCAAUAGGAAACAAAAAUACCAUCCUCUUGGGCUUAGGCUUCCAGAUUCUACAGCUUGCCUGGUACGGCUUUGGAUCACAGCCUUGGAUGAUGUGGGCAGCAGGAGCUGUGGCUGCCAUGUCCAGUAUCACUUUCCCAGCCAUCAGUGCCAUGGUAUCCAGGAACGCAGAUCCCGACCAGCAGGGUGUGGUUCAAGGGAUGAUCACUGGAAUUCGAGGGCUCUGUAAUGGGCUGGGGCCAGCUCUCUAUGGCUUUGUCUUUUACCUGUUCCAUGUGGAAUUGAAUGAAAUGGCUGAAGUGGAACCCCUGGGUAAGGCCACGAAGGUCAUGGUCAACCCUACUGAUGAGAGUAGCAUUAUCCCGGGGCCACCUUUCCUCUUUGGAGCAUGCUCGGUCCUGCUGUCGCUUCUAGUGGCCUUGUUCAUUCCGGAACACAAUCUUGCAUUGAGAUCAGGCAGCCAUAAGAAACACAGCAAUGGAGCCCAGACCCACACCCACAGCCCGCAGGCUGGAGGAUCAGAUGGCAAGGAGCCCCUGCUGGAGGACAGUAGUGUGUGAGGGGAUAACUUGAAUCUCUUGCUUUUCAACUCCAAGCCAAGGAUGGACUGUACCAACUGGAGUUGGGGUGAGAGUGGGGGGAGGUAAUGGACUGUACCACUAACAGCUAAUGAGGGAGGGAAAAACUGUCCUUCGAAGCCAAAUACAUCCAGCUGGUGCAAAAAGUGAGAUUGUACCAUCUGGUGCUGAAGGAAGAGGUUCGACUGCACCAUGUGAAGGGAUAGUUUUUAAGGAAAAACUGCUUUUGUAUGUGAAUGGUGACUUUCAGUGUCGCCUGCCAUAUAUUCACCUUGCCAGUGAAAAAACCAGAAUUCUAUCCCUGCUCUUUAAUAUAAACUAAAUGAUCUGACAGCAAGAGAAAACCAACGCAUCAGUUACUUGUCCUUUCCCCCAAUAUAAUCAGUACUAGCCUCUGGCCCAUCUCUGCUUGAUGGGCUAACCUACUUCAGGCUGAGGACUGCGGGAGCAUAGAAGUCACAGUCCAAGCCUGUAUACUCCACUCAUGCUGAAAGUACAAGAUGGUCUGAUACACUAAAUACAGAGCAAUGUAUGUGUAGAAUAAACCAGUCAGUCUCCAGCUGAGUAGAUCCUUACUGCUUGAGGAUCUGAUGAAUUUGCCUAUUCCAGCCCGUGUGAUAAAUUCAGACCAGAACCAAUUAUAUUUCAAUAAUUGUUCUGGAAGAGGUGACGAAAGGUAGGAAGUAAAGGGUCAGCUGUCACUGUCCUUAGCUCACAUGGGAGUGAGUGACUGGGUGAUAAAAAGGCAGUUGUGAGUUACGAAUUCCUUGUUUUGGAACAGCUACGCUCUUACUUAAAUGUAGUGUUUGUCUGCACUUCCCUCUUCUAGAAGCAGUUUGAGAGGCUCAAUCUUUCAUGGAACUGGAACAUUAGAAAACAUGCUUCUCUGAGAGUUAGAAGAAAUGGCUUGAUCCAUGUUAUGCACUUUUAUAAAGCGUAUUUCUUCCCCCAAACUGCUGCUAUCUGAUAUAGGAAGCACCUGAUGAUGGCUCUCUGGGAGUUACAGCUCAGAUGGUGCUGCAGCCAUUCUGCUCAGUCCACAAGCCUGAAAGGCUGCAGCACAAAAUUGGCAUUAUAACUGAAUAUAUAGAUUUGAAUUCCACGUGGCAUUUCUGAACCUCCUGCAGGGCACAGCCAUCUUGCUGAAAAAUGUCUUGGUGACCUCAGCUGUUGGGUUGAGCUCAGCUUAGAAUUAGAGCAGGAGAGUCAAGCAAAGGCUCAAAACCGUAUGUGGGAAAAGUUAAGAGAAAUGUGCAUGUUUGGUGUGUCAGGGAUGCUUAGCUAUAUACAGAUACAUAAAGGGGCAUUCAGAGGAAAGAAAUCAAUUAUUCUUAUCAGUCUGCGAAAUCAAAAUCAGAAGUAAUGGGCUUGAGCAGUUACAGGGAAAAUAUAAGCCAAAUAUUAGGAGAAACUGUAAGCCAGUUGACACACAAGCAGUAGAACUAGUUAAGGGAGCUGUGGAUACAUCCACUGGAAAUAGUCAAGGCUUUGACUAGAGCAGAUGUGAUGCAGUAGCUCUCUUGUUCUUGGGAAAGUCUUCUGUCUUGUGGUUUGGGUCAGUUUCCUGCUAGCACAGAUUUGUGGUAGGUAUCUUAACCUCUCAAUUAAUUGGGAACAGAAAAUCACAGCUAACCUGACUAAGCACUGCUGCAGAGAUCAGCUCCUACAAUGUUGGUAUCACAAAUGCCCACUUGCAGCAAGACUCAGAAAUGCCAUUGACUUCUAAAUGAAUUUUAGAGCUGGCAAGAGAUGCCAAAUGGAGAGCCCUUGCGACUCAAGCACCCUAACCACACAACAGGUACAGUACAGGGACCAGCACUGCAAGCUUCCCCAUUCCGCCCUGCUAGUAUACCUCAACCUGUCCUGAGAGGCUGCUUCGUGGGUUGUGGGAAGUUCCAGCUCCAGGGCUCAUUCAGUUUAUGGCCUCUUGUGAGGCUACCCAUGUGGGACCAGUUAAUGUCAUUGGUGUCAGCAGUUUCUGUGCUGUGGACAGCCGUCCAGUAGGAAGUGGACUGAGAGAUACAAAAUGAAUUUCAUGUAGGCUGUUGAAUAGCUGUUGGGUUUUAACAGCUCACUGUUCCCCUAGACAGGGGUUGAGCUUGUGGCCUAGUAUCUAUUCACCCAGUCCCCUGAGUCAGCCAGUUGUUAUAAGAAACGGUAAUAUUAAUUAAAACAAAUAUAAUUCACAAUUUAGAAACAAUCUUCAUCACCAAAGGCCCCAGUCCUGUCGUUGGAUCCAUCCUCUUAUGCUUCUGCAAAGGCCAGAGAGCUUCAGGGGAACAGUAUGUGAGUGCAAGAAUUUGCCUUCAUGGAUCCAAUUGCAAGGUUAGGGAAUAGGCUAGCAGAAAGCUUCACUGAACACAAUAGCUCCAGUUUUCUCAAGGUUUGUCCUUGAGCAUUAUCAGGAACAUCUGGGAUUGUCCAUGCACAGCAAAACCAGAUCCUAAAGGAUAUCACCACGUUUAAAUUCCUUUUCCCCUGUCCAAAAAUCCUUGCUCUAGAAUAGUACAGCUGUAGGCUUGUUUUUGGUUGGUUGGUUUUUAAAAAGCCAUUUUGUGAGUAUAACAAAGUAAAACUGCCAAUUCGUACUCUUACAUUUUGUAUUAAAAUUGGCUGAUAUGCUUUUCUCCCUCUCCCUCACACGCCUCCACCCCUGAAAUUAAAUAAAAGUAAUAAAUACAAUUACCCUGCUCACACUGAGGCAAUCAGAACUGCAAGGUAAAAUAUAAUUGAUAAAUCACCACAAAAUAGACUGUAAACUUAAUAUAUAAUAUAUUAUAAAUUAUAUAUAUUUUUUAAAAUAAAUCCUUCCCUUUAUUUAAUAGCUUAUUAAAACUGACAUGUUCUGAAUCUAAUUUCCUUUUCACCGUUGAUGCUGCCUGUGGCUUUUUAUUGGUCCUUCACUCUACUGGGAUAGGGAAACUAGUCUGGUUAGUUUCACUUGGUCCUUAGUAGCACAUUGUUGUGAUGUUUUGAGUUUCCAGCACUGCAGCAAAGCACUUAAAUUCCUCCAAAAACUCUUGACAAACUCAAUACAACAAUUUUUGUAAUAGAUUGUGUAACACCACAUAAUCUUAAACCUUGAGUCCAAAUGACAUGUUACUCUAAGUAAAAUAACUAAACUAUAUUUCUUGUCUGUUUACAAGCAAAUCCUUGAAGAAACUAGUUUCUAAGGCUUGAUCUACACUUGAAAGCCUUACCAGUGUAAUUAUUGUCAUGAAAGGUGUGACACUUUUGAGGUAUGCAGUUAUACCAGUAAAAGCCCUAGUGUGGAUGCAGCUGUACUAAUAUAAAAGUGCUGUACUGGUAUAAUUAUUUCCCUGUUUGUACAGAAAGGACAACUUCACUGUAGUUAAAUCGGGGCUUGUCUACACUAGAGAAUUGUACUAAGUGGCAAUACUGUUGAAUUAUUCACUCUGGAAGCUUGAAUGCAACUUACUGGCAGGGAUGUUUGCAUUCCAUGGGAGAGUCCACUAAUUAUCUAUAGUGAAACAGAGAGAGGAAUUUGUUUGCAAAUCCUUGAAAUUACACCUACCUUCUCAGGAAACUGGGGAGGGUCUUCUAACCCCACCCACAGACUUGUUUCCCCUGUACAUGAAGGGGUAUGAUCCACCAUUCUGCCUUUUGAGUCAGAAGUAUUUGGCCAGGCUGUAAAGGAGCUAGAAUUACAGGACCUGAAUGAAGAAUGUCAUUAUUCUGAAGGGCCAAUAAUUCUGUAGCACUCCCCGUAGAAACUGGAAAAAUCUGUACAGAACAUUCAACUAGUGUUGAUUUUUGUUACUUUGUAUGAAAAGCUGCAUAUCUUUUAAAGUACCUUUUUUAAAAACCCCUGCAGCAUGAUGCCAGAUACUGGCUGUCCAACAUCAAUAUUAUUUCCCAAGUUUGUUGUCAUAAAACACUGAUGAGUAACAGCGAUGAAACUUAAUUGUGGCUGAAAGCCUUUCACUUCAGUGCCCCUGCUGGUUGAGGUAAUGAUGGCCUUUCCUCUGCAGCUCCAGCACUGAUGCAGGAGUUCAAGUUUAAAAACUGAUCGUGUUGGAUUAAAAAUGCAUUAAAACCAGUACUUUCUCACUCUGCUUUAGUUUUGCAAAUUAGAAACAAUUCCAUGGAAAAAUUCCUGUUUCGUUCGGUCUUUCUCUGCACCUGGGUGGCUGCAAGUGAUCGUUGAGUGGUGCAGGCAUGUGGAAAGGCUGCAAGUUUUAAUGAAGAAUGGCAGCACUUCCCCUCUUUUUAAAUUAAUAGAGUUUGCUCUUUGUGAUUGAUUUGUGUUCUUAGCUUAUGAUGAAAUGUAUUUCAUUUAUUUCAAUUGUUUAGAACUGGCUAAUCUCUCCCACUGAUGGAUUAUUUAUUAAACUGCUACUUUCCUGUUGCAGUAAAAUCCUCUUUGCGAUCUUGCUCUUCUAAAACGUGAAACGAGAGGGCCUUUAAAAAUCUGUGCCUGGGAUGCUUGAAGUGACUCUUUGCAGGAGUCCUAAACUACUCUCAAUCCUUGGGUGAGGUGUGCUCUAAGGAUUGGGUCUCCAGAUGUCUUUUCUCUGCUCUUACUGAAGGCUGAUUUACACACAGACUUUCACCCAUUGAACUCUGAGCUUCCUAAAACCGAUUUAGUUAGUUCACAGCAAGUUUGUGUAGAUACUUAUUUUAGAUGUGUGGCUGGUCAACUUUGAUCCUGAAAUAAGUGUCCAGACAGACUUGAAUCACAAUAACUAAAACUGUCUUCUUUUCUUUUGCAUGUAAAUCAGCCCUGAGCUGCUGUGCUCUUGAGUGAAUGUGCUCCCUGCCUUUCUUCUGCCCGUUUCCUACCUCGCAAGGGCUGUUGUGAGGCUUAAAUAAAAAUUGGAAAG